AUGUCAGAAUUGACGACUCUAUCAAACAUGGCGACGUACGGAGAUCCGCCAACACUGGUGCCUCUCAUUCCUACACCAACUAAGCGGUCGAAGAAGAGUCCCCAAGAAGUCUUAUCCGACUUCUGGGACAAGUUCCAUUCGAAGUAUCCGGGGAAGGUGACGUCCAUCUUCCCUCGUGCCCUCUACUCCUCACUUCUUCCUGCUUUCCAAGAGAAGGGCGCAUCAUCCACCCGCAAUGCUCAAGAGUCAUAUGAUGCUGCCGCGCGCGAGUGCCGAGAGAAGGUCAAACGAAUCAUCCGGGAAUGCGAGAGAACCAAUGAGAAGUACACCGACGCCGACUUCGACAUUGAACGUGAUUCCAAGAGCAACUGCCUCAAUGGUCUGAUCCGCGACUGGGAGCAGGGGGCUAGCGGUGGUGGCGGCGCUGCGGAGGAUGGACCAAACGUGAGCAGCUGGGACGUCAAGAACAGCCUCGACACCUUGAACGCGGCGCAGAUCUUGGGUCCCAGCUCUACCAUUCCCAUCGAUCCCACGGCCGUAAGCCGUUUUCUUGGAGGCGAUGGUGGUGGUGGCUGGAACCCUUUUGCCAACGCAGCCGCUGGCAAGGGAGCCAGAGCCGCCUCUGACAGAGUCUCGAAGCGUCAUGGCGUCCGCGGGAGCGAGUAUUACAGCCCAGGCUCUAUCCAUCGCAUUGACUGGAUCUUUGACUCGCCGCAGUUUACGUUGAAUGGGUACUCGUCUUCCGAUAUCAAGCAGGGUGCAAACGGCGACUGCUGGUGGCUGGCGGCGGUCGCAACCAUUGCGCAUCGCAAAGACCUCAUGGAGAAGGUCUGCGUCGCUCGCGAUGAGGAGUGUGGUGUCUACGGGUUUGUCUUCCAACGCGAUGGCGAGUGGAUCUCGACAGUCAUUGAUGACAACCUCUACCUCAAGGAGUCAGACUUUGACUAUUAUGGCGACGUCUACGAUGCCAGUGGCAAGAAGGCUCGCCAGCACAGAAAGAGACUUCAGACGGGUUCUGAUGCUCUUUAUUUCGCCCGCUGCGAGGAUCAGAAUGAGACUUGGUUGCCACUGCUCGAGAAGGCAUACGCCAAGGUCCAUGGAGAUUACGAGGCUAUCUCGGGGGGCUGGCCCGGUGAGGCAGUUGAAGAUAUGACAGGCGGUGUCACUUCAACUAUUGCCACCAACCGGGUACUGAGGAAGGACAGACUGUGGAAGGAGCUUAUCAGCGCGGACGGCGAGUUUGUCUUUGCCCUGGCUGCUAUGGGAACCGGUUGGGACUGGCAGAAGAGCGGACUCGCACUGGGACACGCAUAUUCGAUCCUCCAGUCACGCGAAGAGGUUGACGAGGACGGCAAAAAGGUCCGCCUCGUUCAGAUCCGAAACCCAUGGGGUGAACGAUCCGACGGCGGUGUCGGCGAAUGGAACGGACCUUGGUCCGAUGGCUCCAAGCAAUGGACGCCGUACUGGCUCAAACGCCUCAACCACACCUUUGGCGAUGAUGGCGUCUUCUGGAUGUCAUACCAAGACAUGCUCUCAACCUUCAUGUACAUCCACCGCACACGUAUCUUUGACGAGAAGUGGACCGUUGUGCAACAGUGGACCUCGUCCAACAUAUCUUGGGUUACGGGUUUCCUUCAGACAAAGUUCGUCGUUAAGGUCAAGAAGUCGGGCAUGGUCGUCAUCGUGCUGACACAGCUCGAUGACCGUUACUUCCAUGGGUUCGAAGGACAGUACUGGUUUGAGCUACACUUUGUCCUUCAGCAAGCCGGCUCAUCGACUUCCUCGGCCAGCGAGAAAUCCAAGGACGAAGAGAAGAAGAAGACGGAUGCCCCCGAGCCGGAGCAGAUCUGUCGCGUCCGUCCUGUGCACAAAUGGGAAAACCGCUCAGUGAGCUGCGAGGUUGACCUGGAGCCAGGCAUCUACGAGGUCCUCCCCAAGGUCACGGCCGCUCGGAACAGCGACGGCGACGGGUCCACCAAGCCUGUCGAGGAUGUGGUCAAGGAGUACGCCGAACGCAACCCACAGAAACUGCGACAGGUCGGCCUACAAUACGACAUCGCACACGCCAAGGGUGGCGUGCGUGACGAGGACGAGCUCGUGGAGAAGAAGAAGCUUGAUGCGAAGCAAAAGAAGGAGAGUAAAAAGGCGAAGAAGAGAAGAAGGCAGAAAAAGGCACUUGGAAUCGCGGCCAAGGCGCUUGAGGACUCGGCAAAGGUCGUGUCUGAUCUCGCGAAUGAGGGGAAGAAGACUGAGGAGAAGAAGGAGAGCAAAGACACUGCCGAGAAGGAGGGGAAGAAAGCUGAAGAAAAAGAGCAAAAGAAGGAUGGCGAUUCGACUGAGACCAAGAGCUCGGAGAAGGAUUCCACUGGUAGCAGUCUGAAGCCUACUGAAGCAGAGAAGCCAGCAAGCCUAACUGCGUCGAAACCUGGUGAUGGCCCAACUCAAGAGCCAAAGAAGGGCGAGGAGAAGGAUUCAGAGGAGAAAGUUGACAAGAAGGAGAGCGAGAAGAAAUCUGAAGAGUCCAAGCCAGCCGAGGAGACCGUCGCCACUAAAUCAAAGGCUGAGGACGACUCUGAAGAAGCGCCUGCCGAGGAAGAAGAGGCUUCUGAUUCAGACUCUGAUGCUGAGUCCACCGUCUUGGACGACAAUGAGGAGCUGACAGGAACGCCAUGGAACGCCGUCUGUGUCUUGGGCCUGCGUGUUUACGCUCGGGACCCCGAGGUAUCCAUCAAGCUGGUCAAACCGAGCGAUGCCGAGGAGGCCUCGAGCUUGAUCGUCGAUGGAGAGGCUGCUGGUGCCACUGCUUGA